AUGCCUUCUGCUUCCGCGGCUCGAGCUGCAGCUCCUGAUCGAAGUAUCGACAUUUACUCCUCCGAUAUAGAGCCAGACCACCAGCUCCAGCACACCCUCGAGUCAGCAGCCGCUUCGGGCCACAACUCCACCCGCAACUACAGCAGCUAUUCGUCCCGAAAACACGGCUGGGACGCCUACCACAGCAAUGACGAAUCUGAUCUGUUCUCCGAGAUCUCGGGCCAAUUCGACGAUGCGGAAGAGAAUUUUGGCUACGCAGACGAAAAAGACGAACCGGAGUCUCCACUCCCAGAACACACCGGUAUCCCAGCAGCCGCUUCUGCUUCCGCUAUUAAUGUGAAUGGCUCUGGCUCUCCCUCUUCACACUCCGUCAAACGACGCCGAUCGAACGACUGGCCGCACCAGUCUGUGGAAAAUGUUUCGGCACCGACCGCCCGCAAGGAACAGGCGAGUUCGCGCCAGCGCUGGCCCUUUGGUCGCUACUAUGAACGCCAUGCGAGUUCAACCCACGGCUCGCCGAGGUAUGCACGUCCCACUGGGCGCCGGUCGCGGUUCGUCGAGGGCCACAUGAACGACACAGUGAGUGAGAAGCCACCUAGUAUCUUCUUCCGAGAUAUGGAGGGGCAAGCUCGCGGUAAUGAGCCCGCUGCUCGCGCUGCGAAUAGACAUUCUGGGAUUUUCCGCUUCGGGAAGGCGGUUGCCUCUGCGUUUAACCCGUUUGGUGGAUGGGGAAGUGUUUCUGGUAUCUGGAAGGGCUCGCAGGUUCAAGAUAGGCCGCAGGAGGCCACGAAUGAUCGGCUUAAACAGGCAGAGUUGGCGUAUGAGGAGCUUAAGCGAGCGGGGUAUCAGGGGACUGCGAAGCGGAGCUACAUGCAGAGUCUUGGUUCUGGGGCGGGGAGUGCGGGUAUCCCUGAGGAGACCUGGAAGUCUAUUCGGGAGAAGAUGGAGUAUGGUAGUGCGGAUGCCAGUGGAAGUGCCACUGGUGGUGUUCAAAAUUCACGACAGAGCUCUGAACAAGCUUCGGGUAACCGUGACUCUUGGAGUGGGAGUUCGUUACUGCCAAUGUUCCCUGAUCUACGAAAGGCCAAAUCGUCGCUGGCGAUUAAGAAAUCAGAUGGCCAGGAAGUCCGGCACCAGAGGUCUCGCAAGGAUAUACAGCGGCACGCUAAGCUCAUGAAGCGAGUCAGUAAUCUUGAGGACAAGCUUGAUCGGGCGCGGCGGGAGCUGCGAGAGAUUUCUGGUGAGGCAGAGCAGUUGAUGCCCACCACUGUGAAUGAGGAGAGGCCGUAUCAGCGCAAAUUCGUCCCAGGGGCAUUGCCUUCACUCCCAUCGGAAAGACUCCUGCAUGAUCCUGAACCUACCACACCCUUGAGCCCACACCCAAACGGCACCCUUGAGGCUCAAGAUUCUGAAGAUCUGGCCCAGUCUCAAAUUCGUGUGAACAAGGCACGGCUCUUGUCCCCCAAACCGUGGCACAAGUCCCCUACUGAAACCCGCCCUAGCUCUGCGAACAGCGCAUCGUCCCGCAAACGCAAGUCCCCGGGCCCUGAAUCAAGAAAGGGCCCAGACCUAUCCACUCAGCAACAACAGCGACCUCCAGACAACACACAGGGCCAUGAGCAGGGGGGAGAAAACGAACCCCCGAAUCAACUGGUGACCGCGACAGAACCAACUCCAACCCCGGCACCAACACCCGUGGCAGUAUCCAAAACACCACUGCGCAAGCCCAAACUCCCCAAAACCGCCCGUGGCGAUAGCCCUGGCUCAGUCGAACGCAAACAGAACCAAAGACGCAGCCCGGGGCUUGAGAACAGCCGUAGCUCCCCAGCCGAAGAGCGCACACCCACAAGCCGACCGCUCCGAUCCCUGACGCGCAACCGUUCCGCGACACCGGUGCUCAGAAUGAAACGCGGACGUGGGGAUCUGCGCUCUACUGUUUCUCCUGGCCAUGAUGAAGACAAGGAAAACUACGAUGCUGAACAGGAAAACGACGAUGGUGAUGCAGGUGACAGCGGUAGCCCUAGCAAGCCCGCGGGUCAUGGCCAGCAACAAAACAUAGUAACUCCAACUCGGACAUCUAGCAGGAGAAAGGCGCAGUACGAGUACAUCCCACCCGUUCCUCCGCUGCCCAAGGAUCUAGCUGCGACUGCGGCAAAGGUUGAUCGCCGCCUGGCCAAGGAGAUGGGGAAGAGACGCUCACAGAAAGAGAACGGUGUCAUCGAUGGAGGGUUCCAGUGGCCUGAGGAUAUUUUCUAA